GUGCAAUGGUGGAGUGUGUCAUUUCAUCAUUUUAAAAGGUUAUUCGAAGUUAUUUAUCAGUAAGCUGAUAACGUUUGGAUACACAUGGAUUCAUACACAACAGAAAAAACAUUCACGUUGGAAGUCUGUGGUGUUGAUUUGUCUCAGAAAUCAGAAAUAAAGCAUCACCCGAUAAGGCAUACUGUAGAGGAGACUUACACGUGUGAGAUUUGUGAUGCUGUUUUUUCACAAAAAAGUAAUUUACUUACCCAUAUGGUAACACACACAAAACAGAAGCCCUACAAGUGCGAGAUAUGUGAUGCUACCUUUGCACGGAAGUGGAAUUUAAAAGCACAUAUAAAAAUCCACACAGGAGAAAAGCCAUACAAGUGUGAGUUAUGUGAUGCUGCUUUUUGUCAGAAAAAGGAAUUACAAACACAUGUAAGAAAACACACUGGAGAGAAGCCUUACCAAUGUGGGUUUUGUGAAGCUGCUUUCUCUCAUCGAACUACUUUACUUCAUCAUAUAAGAAUACAUAAAGGAGAGAAGCCAUACAAGUGUGAGAUAUGUGAUGCUGCUUUCUCCCAGAAAAGUGGGUUACAUUCACAUUUAAGAAUACACACUGGAGAGAAGCCAUACAAGUGUGAGAUAUGUAAUGCUGCUUUCUCUCUGAAGCAUCAUUUACAAAGACAUAUAAGAAUACACACGGGAGAAAAGCCAUAUGAAUGUGGUAUAUGUGAAGGUGCGUUCUCUCAUCGAAGUACUUUACUUGAACAUAUUAGAAUACACAAAGGAGAGAAGCCAUAUAAGUGUGAGAUAUGUGAUGCUGCUUUCUCCCAGAAAAGUGGGUUACAUUCACAUUUAAGAAUACACACUGGAGAGAAGCCAUACAAAUGUGAGUUUUGUGAUGCUGCUUUCACACAGAAGAGUGGGUUACAGCCACAUGUAAGAAAGCACACAGGCGAGAAGCCAUACAAGUGUGAGUUAUGCGAUGCUGCUUUUUCCCAGAACAGAGGGUUACAGGUACAUAUAAGAAAACACAUAGGAGAGAAGCCAUAUAAGUGUGGGAUAUGUGAUGCUGACUUUUCUCGGAAAUAUCAGUUACAAACACAUAUGAUAUUACACACAAGAAGCCAUACAAGUACUAACAAAUGCGAUACAGAUGAUUUUAUGCUAAGCAUGUAAGGUCUUAGAGACUAAAUGCAUACAUGUCCGAAGAAAAUAUGGAUAUACAUGUCUUGCUGAUACCACUCAUGCAAUUUAUAAAAAUUACACACGAUAAUACAUACAGAGGGGAAACCAUGCAUGUUUGAAUCUGUGAUGCUUGUUCCUCUAAAUAAGGUAUUUUACAGAAACAUAUACAUUUAAGAUGCCUCAUACAUGUGUGACCUAUGUGAUGUUGCUUCUUCAGAGAAAAUUUGUUCACGGAAACAUUAAGAAUACACACAGUAGAUAUUAUAUUUCAGUGUAAAAGAUGUUGUGAUGAUUUCUCCUAAGUAAACUACGACCUCAUAUAUCAGACGUCUCUCUGAAACGCUAACACAUUUAUAUUUGUGUAUAAGAGACACAUGUGAAGCGGCAAUUUACUAAAUCCUACCCAGGGCAUAUGCGUCAUAUGAGAGGUCUCUCAGAGAUAUAUAUCAGAGAUCUGAUAUAUUUGUGUGAUUCAUAAUAUUGUUAUUCAGGUUUAUUCCUAACUGUGGUUCUUUUAUAUGUUUCAUCCUUUCUUACUUAUAUAUAUAUAUGCGUCUUAUAUUACAAUGUUUAAGCAGUUUUAAUUGACCCAAGUAUUACAUGCUUUACCAUUGCUAAACAACGCGCUGCUGAUUGAAUUUGCCCAAACAAUUUUACAUCUAGUGAUACAAUGUAUCUACAUGUAUAUUGAAAUAUAUGUUUCGCUGGUUUUAUUUGUGUUAUAUAUAAUAUUGUAUUUCAAAUGAAAUCCAAACUGUAACUACGGUUCUUUCAUAUGUUUUAUCGUUUCUAAUGAUAAAUCGUAUUAAGUAGUUGAGUUUUUAAUCGUGUAAAAUGCAUUUUAAACCUUUUGUUGUAAACUGCGCAAACUACAUGUACAUAUAGAUUCAUGCAUUUGGCACUUUAUGUAACAAAAUAUUUUUUAUAUAUAUCCAUCUUCUGUUAUUCAAGUUGGGGUUUUAACUCUUUAUUUCACCCGGAACAUUGUAGAUGUUGAAUGUAUGUUUAAAUCUUGUCAGACAAAUAUCAGUAAUACUGUAUUUAUGUAGGUUAACAUAUGAGUGACCCAUUUCAGUAUUUGUAGACUAUGUUAUAUCUGAACAUUUAAUUAAAUGAAUCAUUUCUAGCUUGACUAUAUUUAUGUAUUAUUCAACGUCAAGGUACUAAGUGACAGGCCGGGUCGAACUCGUAUUGAUGAAGGGAAAACGUAACAAUAUGAAUGAAU